UAAUUUAACUAAUUUGGUAAUAAAAAUUACUAAUUUACUAUAAGAAUAUAUAUGCAUGUACUUUGACUAGGAGUUACAUAUUUACUUAGCGUAGGUAUUAAAUAUUAGUUUGACUAAAAAAAUCACAUUUGCGUUAUAUUUGCCUAUAAAUAUAAUGUAAUCUGAAAGCUAGAUCAUCAGUUAAAGUAUAUUUCUCUUCAAUCAUCUCAAACCCAAAGAAAAUAUAUAAAACAUGAAGAUCUCUUUCUCUUCUGUUCUCUUUGUACUCAUGGUUGUUUUCAUCAUUUCUUCUUCAGGAAACAAGAAAAUGGUAGGAGAAGCAAAAGACUGUUUCCAAACGUGGACGUGUGAAGGAGGAAGGAAAUGCAGAGAAAAGUGCACAGCUGAAUACAAAGGGAUUGGAAGGUGUGAUGAGAUCACUGCUCCUAUAGUUCCUCCCCAAUGUAAUUGCUAUUAUCCUUGCUAGUAUCUCUAUAUGUACAACAAAUAAUGCUUCUUCUACAUUAAUAAUUUGUAAACGUUUUAUCUGUUAAAAAUUAUGUGAUUCAAAGAAUAAAUUAUCUUAAAGGUGAAUGAUGUGUUUAUCUAUAGUCUCUUGUCCUCUCUGAUCUAUUUCCUCUUCCACAAUCUUCAAUCCAAAAUUUCGAUAAUAAUUAAUAAUAAUGUAAUGUUUCACCGUAUUAGUAUGUGGAAAAUCGAAUU